GGAUUGGACGCCACCUUCUGAUUGGCUGGACAGCGGUUGUGUGUGGGCCCACGAGGCCGAGAACGGGGACCGGGACUAGGAAAGGGCUCGCGAUAGGUUUGGGGCUUUGAUUUUCGAAGCGGGAUUUCCAUACUUUUACUUGCAUUUCCUCCUCGUUUCUCUCAAUGUGCUUUUCGAAACCUCUGUAACUGAGUGACAUCGAAGUUAACCAGGCCUUCUGGGGAAAAGCUUCUAUGACACCAAGUUACGUGGGAGAGGGAGCACGAGAAGCCUUAGUUAGACUGGAGUUUUCGAGAGUCCUCGGUUCCGAAGGGCCUGGUCCAUUCCAGACCCUGUGUGCACAUCCAAGCCCACCGGGGAGACCUAGUCACCGGGUCUGUGUGAAGCUUAUCUCCAGAACCGAGGCCUGCAUGCUACAGAUGCGAAGGUUGCUGGUUAUUGGAGGUUCUUUUGGUCUUCGUGAGUUUUCACAAAUCCGCUAUGAUGCUGUGAAGAUUAAAAUUGAUCCUGAAUUGGAAAAAAAACUGAAAAUGAAUAAAGUGUCAUUGGAGUCAGAGUAUGAGAAAAUAAAGGACUCCACUUUUGGUGACUGGACGAAUAUUCGAGGGCCCAGGCCUUGGGAAGAUCCAAACCUCCUCCAAGGACGGAAUUCAGAAGCCCUUAAGUCCAAGACAACCUGAUUAUGUUGAUUCUAGUUUUUUUGGUUACUUUUGUUUUAAUUUUAAAAUGUUUUCAAUCAAGCUUCCCCCAAUAUGUUCCUAUAUAAUGGAAGGAAAAUUCCAGAACCGCAGAACUCGGAAUAACAAUAAUUAACCGUCGUGAUUGAAAAGUGGAAAUCUUUAUGUUUCUCAAUAUUUCAUUUGCAAAUGAAAGUAGCCCUAUUGACCACAUGUAUUUUUGGACCUUUCAGUAAAAAUGUAAAAAAUAUAAA